GGGUAUGAUAGACUUUAAAAUCGGUCAGAAGAAGUGACAGAUCGAUUAUUAUUUUCAAAAAAUCCAUCCAGGAAGCCAAUCCAACGAUAGUAGACAGCAACAUAUAACAUGGCAGAAGGAAAAAGCAAGGGUAACUUUGAAUUUCCAGAAACAGAUGUAACUUUGCUUGUAGAAGACCAGAAAAUUCACGUAAACAAAGCUGUCCUGUCUCAACAUUCGCCAGUAUUUAAUACCAUGUUUUCUAGUAGCUUUAAAGAAAGCACUGCAAAAGAGAUCACUCUUCACAACAAAAAGGCUAAAGAUGUAAUUGAGUUUCUUAGAUGUUUUUAUCCCAACAUGGAGUAUGCAAUAACAGGGCACAAUGUUCUACAAGUACUACCAUUGGCACAUGAGUACCAGUCUCCUCUUGUUGCUGAUUGUGAGAACUUUAUGAUAAGCAAAUGUAAUCCGGAUACAGACAUAACAGUUGAAACACUAUUGGAUUAUAUCCUAGCAGCCGAAAAAUUUGACCUUCAGAAGUUUCUUGACACCGCAGUGGAAUUUUGUUCUCGUGUAGAUUUUGAUCAUCUCCAAGGGAAGACGAUUGAAAGAAAACAGGUUUACAAAAAAGGUUGGGUCUAUGAAGUGCGGGAGACGGAACACAUUUCUUCAAAAUUUGCAAAAAUGAAAAUUAAAACCCAGCUUGCAAUUUCAGUCAAAAGACUUCAAGUUCUUGAAAUAAAUAAAAGAAAGGCAAAAAAUAACGAAAUAAUUGAAGAAGACCAUGUUUUAAUGUUAUCAUAAUUUACACAAAUGUAUAUUGCAUGUUGUGUUAAGGAAUCACUGUCUAGUUAGUAUAAUAUGUCAGGGCAUAAACGAUAGUGGGAAACAUGAGAUAAUUUGCAUAACGGGCGGAGCCCGUUAUGCAUGAAUUAUCCCAUGUUUUCCACUAUCGUUGAUAUCCCUGACAUACUAUACUAACUAGACAGUGAUUCCUUAUAACUCUAUUUCAUUGUGAAAUAAAUUGUAAAUUUAGACUUUAAAAAUGUAGACUUAGAUUUAAAUUACACGAUGACUUCCAGAUCAAUUUCAAUAGUCCUCGCUCAAUGACGUCAAACACAAAGGCAGCUGCAUGAGAUUUGCAUGCAUAUUUGGCCUCCUUAGCGUCAGAGACAGAUGCGCACGAGAUCGAUUUACAUGCAUAUCAGGCCUCCUUAGCUCCUGACCUAUCAACCUGCUCAAUUUACAUUAUGAUAGAAUUAUCAAGGAAUCAACUCCUCUAACUUUUAAAGAGUUAUCACAGAGAAAAAAAAAUAGAAAUGGAACUACUUAAAUGUAUACCUGAUUGAAACUUGGUAGUACAUGAGGCUUUUUCUAAUUAAUACUUUCAUAUGUAAAUGUGUACAUCAACAUUAUAUGAAAUUAUAUAAAUGACCUCUGGCAAAUAAAAGCAGGGCUUUGCACCUUUUACGGUGACUGAAGAAAACUGCCAAUUUUUAAGCACGUGAACAACAUUACUUACCAUUAAAAUAAAAACAAGAUGUGUUUGUGAAACACUCCUGCCUCAGAGGAUUAAACUUUAAUUUCUUAAAUACAAAUCAAAUACGUUAGUACCCAAUGUGUGGUCUUCUCACAAAAACUACAAUUUUUGAACAUGAAAGCCCAAGCAGCACCUGUUCAAAAGUUAUUGCCAAGGUUAGUUUUUAAAAAGUUAAACUUCAGGGUCAAGGUCAAAGUUGUUGGAUUCUUCAGAAAGGUCUUUCUCAAGGAUAACAUUUGUGAGGUAUGAAAGCCCUAGCCCGUACAGUUAAAAAAGUUAUGGUCAAGUUUUUAAGAAGUGGGUCAAACUCAAAGUUCAAGAUCAAAGGUCAAAGUUGUUAGUAUCCAAUGAAAGUUCUUGUCACAAGGA